AUGAGCUGGGUGCUCACUCAUCCGAUUCUGGCUGCCCUCGGAGUGGCUGGUGGCAUCAUUACAUAUCAUUUCGUCGCCUUUUUGCUCGACCCUUAUCACUACAAUGACGGUGUUAAUGGUGUCGCUAUUCCUGGUCCAUUGCUUGCGAAACUCUCAAAUUUCUGGCUCCUUCGGGUGGCCAUCAAGGGGGACCGUUCGGGCGUGGUCCACGAGCUACACCAGAAGUACGGCAAAGUAGUUCGCAUUGCUCCCAACCAUAUCUCCAUCGCCGAUCCAGAUGCCGCCCAGGAACUAUAUGCUGCAAACGGCAGCACAAAAUCGGACUUCUACGACGCUUUCGUAGCAGUCCGCAGAGGUCUCUUCAAUGUCAGGGAUCCUGCAGAACACGCCCGGAAGCGCAAGAUAAUCUCUCGUAUCUUUUCCCAGAAGGCCGUCCUUGAAUUCGAACCAUAUGUACGCGACAAAGUGGCCAAGCUCCUUCGGAAAUGGGAUGGCAUUUACCAAGAUGCUGUUCUCAACGGGACGAAUGUUGGGACUAAAGUCAAGGCGUCCGACGGCAAAGCGUGGUUUGAUGUCUUGGAAUGGUUUAAUUUCCUCGCGUUUGAUGUCAUUGGUGACCUAGCAUUCGGUGCACCGUUUGGCAUGCUUGACUCUGGAAAGGAUCUUGCACCAGUACAUGAGUUGGGAAGCGAAAAAUUAGAGUAUCAUCCUGCUAUCAAGAUCUUGGGCGACCGGGGGGUGUUUGCGAGUUCGCUUGGUGUCGUUCCAGCAUGGCUCCGCCCUCUCGUCAAACAGCUUCCCCAUUUCACCAAACGUAACGGUGCUGUGGGGAAGCUCACCGGCAUUGCUAUCGCCGCCGUCGAGAAACGGCUUCAAGGACCAAGUGACCGAAAUGACAUCCUCUCCAAGCUCCUGAAGGGAACGGACAGAUCCGGUAAUCCUAUGGGAAGGGAGGAGCUGAUAGGUGAGGCUCAUACACAACUGAUUGGUGGUUCGGAUACUACUUCCACUUCCUCAUGCGUCAUUACCUACUACAUUGCUAUGAAUCCUGGAGUUCAGCGUAAACUCCAGGCCGAGCUCGAUGAGGCUUGGGUGAAAGCUCUUCCAUAUCUCGAGGCAGUUAUUCAAGAAGGUUUACGUAUUCACACGACGCUUGGUCUCGGGUUACCGAGAAUUGUUCCUCAAGGUGGAUUGACGAUCGCAGGUCGGUAUUACAAAGAGGGGAGUGUCCUUAGCGUCCCAAAUUUCACGACCAAUCGAGAUCCUGAUAUUUGGGGUGCCGAUGCCGAUAAGUACCGGCCUGAGCGUUGGCUUGGGGAUGACAAAGUGAAGAUGCAGAAGGCAUUCAUUCCUUUCUCAUGUGGACCGCGGUCGUGCGUUGGGAAGAACCUUGCAAAUAUGAAUCUUCGUAUCUUCAUGGGCCACUAUCUUCCAUCGAUAUGA